AUGCAGUUCUAUUCAAGUCAAUAUGUUAGUGCAUCUGUGACACCCUUACAAGUAUUUCAGUCACAAACUCAAGCAUUUGUUUCACAGUUUAAAUCAUCAAUAACCCAUGAUUUUUUAUUAUCACUUUCAACAAUAAGAACAACAACUCAAAGUAAUAACUUACUUGCUGCACAAUUCACUAACUACUACCUUUACACACAAAGUAAUAACUAUGUAACUUCAUAUUAUCAAGCGUAUGGUAAUUGUAGCUGUGCAUCUUCAGCAACAUGUGCUUAUGAAUCUUCAAUUUAUGAUCCCAGUGACAAUGUAUUAUUUACUGUACCGGGUAUAUAUGCAGGAUGUUAUAUAAUUGAAGCAUUACUUCAGUCAAAUCUCCAGUGCUUUUAUAAUGUAACAUGUAUCAAUAAAAUACAAUCAUAUUUCACAUACUAUUUAUCAAUGAAUUUAACAACACUUGAUGCCUCAUUAUUAUUUCGAUUUGGUAUGAAUUCUACAAUACAGGAACUUGUAGAUGAGUUGAUGGUUGAAGAAUGGAAUAAUGCAACAAUAUAUGAUGGUUAUUAUAAUGAAUGUCAGCCAUCGAAAUGUAGUUAUAGUUAUCAAGGAAAGAAUGAUGUAAUCUAUAUAAUAACGACAGUGAUUGGACUAGUAGGUGGACUAAUAACAGUACUGAAACUGAUCGUACCACGAGUGGUCCGACUUAUUGCUUUUUGCAUUCGAAGAUGUAGAGUAAAACGGAAUGCUGUAUCGCCAGCCAUCCUAUCUUAG